GUACUGCCUACCAGUACUACUCACAUAUACAUACCUCUUUUGCCAUUUUUAUCAUGGCGAUUUCUUUUUGACAUUUGACUACGACUGGGCGCACGUGUUUUCUGGCAAGGCUCUGUGCUAAAUUAUAGUAAAAUCAAAAUGAACCCGGAGAAGCUGAAGAAGUUGCAAGCGCAGGUGCGCAUUGGCGGCAAGGGCACCCCCCGCCGCAAGAAGAAGAUUGUCCACUCCACGCCCGCCACCGACGACAAGAAGCUGCAGUCGUCGCUUAAGAAGCUGUCGGUGAACACAAUCCCCGGCAUCGAGGAGGUGAACAUCAUCAAGAACGAUGGCACCGUCAUCCACUUCAACAAUCCGAAGGCCCAGGCCUCGCUGCCGACGAACACGUUCGCCAUCACGGGCCAUGGUGAGAACAAGACGAUCACCGAGAUGGUGCCCGGCAUCCUGACGCAACUGGGACCCCAGGACAUCAACCAGCUGAAGAAGCUGGCCACGGAGAUUGCCAACAAGACCGGCGCCGGUGGCGCAGCCGGCUCUUCCGCCGCCGAUGCCGGUGACGAUGAUGUGCCCGAUCUGGUCGAGAACUUUGAGGAGGUGGCCAUCGCCGGCACAAAGGAGGAGAAGUCCGGUGAGGUGGCGGCCUCCGCUUAGGCAGGUCCAACCCCGCCCACCUGGGCAAAUCACACCACACACACCGAACACAAAAACAUACAUACAAAACAUACGGGGCCAGGGAGCAAGACGAAGGGGCAGGCAUACAGGACGGGACCCACGCCCCAGAUGCCGGAAUUACACCUACCACUUACCCAUUCCGGUUCCAAAUCGGAAA